AUGGUCAAUCCUGUACAAACAACGGUCACGAUGGCUACGUUUGCACGCAUGGCCAAAGGUCAGGUGCGCUUCUAUUCUGCACCGCUAGACAUGGCGAUUCCGGCCUCGAAGCAGAAGUACAUCCCUACCUCUGGCACUUAUCCGAAGGGAUUCAGUGUCUCCGGUGUCCAUGUGGGAGUAAAGGCGUCCAACACGAAGUUCCCGGACUUGGCGUUGAUAUCUUCCGACGUGCCCUGCUCGGCGGCUGCGGUGUUUACCACAAACAAGUUCCAGGCAGCUCCGGUUCAGGUCAGCAAGAACACGCUGCAGAAGUGCCAGGGCCAGGGGAUUCGCUCAGUUGUGAUUAACUCUGGCUGUGCAAAUGCCGUCACCGGCAAGGGUGGUUUGGAGGACGCUGCCAACAUGGUUGCCAAGGUCGAUGAGUGCAACGGGCUUGACGAACCUAGCACCAUCGUCAUGAGUACGGGUGUGAUUGGGCAGCGGCUACCCAUCUCGAAGAUCCUCGACAAGAUCCCCACCGCUCACGCGGCCCUAGAGGCCUCGCACGAUGCUUGGCUCACUACCGCGCGUACCAUCUGCACCACGGACACCUUUCCCAAGCUUCUAUCUCGGACUUUUACCCUGCCCUCCUCGUCUGGAACAACCUACAGUCUUGUGGGGAUGACGAAAGGCGCGGGAAUGAUCCACCCGAACAUGGCGACUCUGCUAGGCGUACUGUGCACAGAUGCGCCGAUCCAGCCCUCCGCACUAAAGUCGUUGCUCACGCACGCCGUCUCGCGCUCCUUCAAUUCUAUCUCCGUCGAUGGUGACACCAGCACCAAUGACACCAUCGCCCUGCUGGCCAACGGGGCCGCGGGCGGCACACCCAUCGCAUGUGACGGCACCAAUGGCAAUAACAACGAAGAUUACAUCGCCAUGCGGGACGUGCUGACCUCUUUCGCACAGUCGCUGUCGCAGCUCGUCGUCCGCGACGGUGAAGGUGCCACGAAGUUCGUGACGGUGCGCGUCAGCAACGCAACGGACUAUGCCUCCGCGCGGGCCAUUGCGUCCACUAUCGCCCGCUCCCCGCUCGUUAAAACUGCCUUGUACGGCCGUGAUGCCAACUGGGGCCGUAUCCUUUGCGCGGUCGGGUACACCCCGGAUGUCGCUGAGGGAGUUGUCGUCCCUGAACGCACGAGUGUAAGUUUCCGCCCCGUCGACGGAUCCGCGCCGCUCCACCUGCUCGUCAACGGUGAGCCAGAGGUCGUCGACGAAGACCGCGCGGCUACUAUCUUGCAGGAUGAGGAUCUCGAGAUUGUUGUGGAUUUGGGCGGCGGCAAGAGUGGCCUGGGAAGCGAGGAGGCCAUCUACUGGUUUUGCGACUUCAGUCAUGAAUACGUGACUAUCAAUGGUGACUAUAGGACAUAG